AUUAAAAACAAAACUAAUUUUUUUCUAAUAAUGCAGAAAAAUAGUUUUUGCUACUAUUAUAAUAAUAAUUAUAAUAAUAUCAAUAAUAAUAAUUAUAAUAACAAUAAUAAUAGUUGAAAUAAAAUUUUCAAAGUAUAAAGAACAUAAUUCAGUGAUAAAUAAUUCCCAAACCCAUUUGUGAAUUUGAGAAUAAAUAAUGUCGUGGGUACCGGGCAAUUUGGCGCAAUUUUGCACGGUUCAUUCAAAAGUAACGGCAUGUCAACCGUCAACAUAUUUAUUUUUGGCAUUUAUUGCACGUCUUCUUGGCUAUUCGGAAGAUGGAAAUAAUAAUUAUGGAAGUGUUAGUACAAAGAGUUUCUCCACGCAAUCAGAAAUAAAAAAUCCAUUUAUUGUUAAUAAUUUAUACACAUACACUAAACCAAAUAUUGAAUAUGAUUUUACAGAAACAUAUCCUUUGGAUCGUAUUGGUUCAUAUCAUAUAAAUACUGCACCCUAUUAUAUUCCUCCUGGUAUUUAUACCAAAGUACAAGGACAAAAAAAAUAUCACACUCAUUUUAAUCAUAAAACACCAAAAUCAAAUAUUUUCCAACUCUAUGGUUCGAGAUAUUCAUUAACGCCAGUAACGGCAAAAAAUGUUUUCUACAAAUCAUCAACGAGACAGGAACCAAGAUUAAAUUAUGAAAUUUAUUUUCCCAAAACUAAUCAAAUUUAUAAAAGACCAAUUUAUUUGAAACCAAAAAGAGAUAGUUUUUUUGAUCUCUUUCCCUUUUUGCAAGAAGAAGAAGAAGAAGAAGAACAAAGUACUUCUUCAAUUCUACCCCGUGAGUAUUAUCAAUUUUUCCCCGAGGAUUUUAAACCAACGAGAAGGAAAAAAAUUUCUCCAUUUGCUGAAGAACGUUUGAGAAAUAAUGAUCAGAGGAUAAAAAUUGAUGAUGAUAAUUUUUGGGGUAGAAAUGAUGGGGAACGUGAUUUAUCGGAAUAUGAAGAGGAAAAUUUUUGGUCGCGAAAUAAUUAUCAGCAUGAAGAAAAAGAAGAGGAAUUUCUAACUCAAGCUAUUUUUCCACAACCAACGGGAUUUGCCGUUAAGGAAUAUGAUUUUAUUAUUGUUGGCGCUGGAUCAGCGGGUUGUGUUCUUGCUAAUCGAUUAUCUGAAAUUCAUCACUGGCGGAUUCUUUUACUAGAAGCUGGAAUCGAAGAGCCAAAAGUAGCGGAUGUACCAUCUUUCGCGGGUUUACUUCAAGGAAGUAAUAUUGACUGGAUGUAUCGGACACAACCAGAGAAGAAAUCAUGUCGUUCACGAAUAAGCAGAGGUUGCAAUUGGGCAAGAGGAAAAGUAAUGGGAGGAUCGAGUACAUUAAAUUACAUGAUAUACAUUAGAGGUAAUUCUGAAGAUUACGAUACAUGGGCAAGUCUUGGAAAUCCAGGUUGGAGUUAUAAGGAUGUACUCUAUUAUUUUAAAAAAUCGGAAGAUAAUGAAGACGAAGAAAUUGUUGAAAAAAAUCCUCACUAUCAUGGAACAGGUGGAUAUCAAACAGUGGAAUGGUUUCCCUAUACAGAUCCAAAUAAUCUAAUUCUAAUCAAAGGAUGGGAAGAAAUUGGCUACAACAAUAUUGAUGCAAACGCCGAAAGUCAACUUGGUGUAUUAAAAUUACAAAGUACUUCGAUUCAUGGUCUACGACAAAGUACAAAUGGUGCAUUCAUUCGACCAAUACGUCAAAAACGUUCGAAUCUCAUUAUAGAAACACAAGCACACGUGACCCGUGUUAUUAUCGAUCCAAAAACAAAGGAAGCCACAGGUGUCGAAUAUUUGGAUACAGUGACUGGAUUCACAAAAGUUGCAAUGGCCACUAAAGAAGUUAUUCUAUCAGCUGGUAGUAUAAAUUCACCGAAAAUUCUCAAACUAUCGGGUGUGGGACCUGCUAAUGAACUCAAGAAACAUGGAAUUAAAAUUAUUUACGACUCACCAGUUGGUUACAAUUUACAAGAUCAUGUGACAAUGGAUGGAUUGGUAAUUGACAUAAAUAAUAAAUCAAUGACAAAUAUUGAACAAAUGAAGAAUGAUGUUUAUCAAUUUUUGGAAACACACAAUGGCCCAUUGGCAUCAACAGCAGCAGCACAAGUUGGUGUAUUUGUUCAGUCCAAAUAUGAAAUCAGUUUUAAGGCACCCGACAUACAAUAUACUUUCGAUGGAAAUAAUAUUCAUGAUUUCCUCUCAAAUGACAUGGCUGCUGAAUUAAAAGCUGUACCAUUGGCAUAUUACGAUUCAAUUAAUGUUAAACCCAUUUUACUUUAUCCAAGAAGUCGAGGAUUUAUACAAUUGAAUAAUACAGAUCCAAUUUGGGGUGCGCCUCUUAUCUAUCCACGUCAUUAUACAGAAAUGCCCGAUUUAAAUAUUAUGAUUGAAGGUAUCAGAAUAGCUCAACGAUUAUUUAAAACAAAUGUAUUUAUGGAACAUGGUUGGCGAAUGAUUGACGUUCCUUUGCAGCCAUGUAAGCAUUAUACUUUUGAUAGCGAUGAAUAUUGGGCUUGUAUUUUAAUGGAAUAUACAGCAACGAUAUUUCAUCCAACGAGUACAUGUAAAAUGGGACCAAGAGAAGAUCCAGAAGCUGUUGUUGAUCCACGAUUGAGAGUUUAUGGUGUUAGUAAACUUCGCGUUGUUGAUGCAUCGAUUAUGCCAAUUAUUGUACGAGGCAAUACAAAUGCACCGACAAUUAUGAUUGCCGAGAAAGCUAGUGAUAUGAUUAAAGAAGAUUGGCAUGGAAGUUGAUGAAGCAAUAGAUAAAUAAUAAUAAUUUUACAAUUAUUUGACUCGGAAAACGAAAUGUUUGUGGAUUACUUUGUAAAACCGAAUUUUUUUUUGAUCUAAUGUAGCAAAAUUAUUUUUAUUUGGCCUAAAAUUUUUUUAAAUUUAACAAACAGUGUCUAAUUAUUGGACAGAGUAUAAAAAUAUUUUAGAAAGAAUAAAAUAAUAAAUUUAAUUUAAUGAUCUGAAAAAGAAAAAAUCAGAUCAGAUUUAGUCUAAUUUUUAUGUAACCUAAAUCUUAUUUGGUCUAUAACACAGAACAACAAAAUUGUAAAAAAAAAAAUUGGUGCAGAAAAUGUCAAUGCUGUUUUUGAUAUGUGUUUUCACGCUGAUUACGAAUCCGUAAAUGAAAAGUCUCCAUCAGCUAUACAGUUUUUGGCAAAAAAACACAGUCAAAGAAUAAAAAAAAAUUAGUUUUAAUUUUAUACGUACAUUUAAAUUCUUAUUUUAUUUAUUAGGUUAAAAUAUAAAUUAGACCCAGAUAAAGAUCAAGAUCAUAUAAAAAGUAGGUUAAGAAAAUAUUAGAAGAUUGGAAAAAAUAAGAAUUAGAACAAAAAAAUAUUAGGCCAAAUAACAAAAAAUAAAAAAAUUUCUUAUUCUCUAAUUAUAAAAUAGCAAAGUAACGACAAAGAAUUACAUUAAUUGUAAAUUCCACCAAUUAAUUUAUAAAUGUAAUUAUAAUUAAUUAGAUUUAGACAGUAAGUUUAGAUUUUUAUAAUAUUGUA